GAGUGAGAACUGCGCAUGCGCAAGAGCGCGGACCGGGCGCGCCACCGCCCCUUCUCCACCGCCGUAUCAAGCACUACGCAUGCGCCGCUCCAACCCGGAAGCGUGAGGUUCCACCCCGGCUACUGCGCAUGCACAGAUGAUCCGCCCGCGGGGGGGGGGGGGUGGAGGCGGGAAACACCCUCGGCGCCUGCGCAGCGCACCGGCUCCCACCCAUUGGCGGCGCUGCCGCGCAUGCGCACCGGCGCCGGUGCGGCCGGCGGGGCUUUUAAAGAGACAGCGUCCUUUUUCCUUCCGGGUGCGGUGCGCAGCGCCGUGCACCCUCGGGGGCCCGGCUCCGGGGACAGCCCCGGCCGCUCCCCGCCACCGCCUUCCCUGCCGGUGCCCGCGGGGGGGAGGCCCCGGGGGGCGGCGGCGGCAGCGGGCCGCUCCCGGGAGCGGCGGCCGAUGGAGGCGGGCGCGGGCUGGCGCUGCCGGCCGGGCGGGCGGCUCGACAUGAGCCACGGCUUCGUGCGCCACAUCCGCCGCAACCAGAUCGCCAGGGACGCCUACGAGCGGGCGGUGCGGCAGGCCCGGGGACGGGCACGGAAGCGCCACACGCCGGCCCCGCCGCGGCCCCGCCGCCCCGACCAGCAGGUCUACCGGCCCCGCGGCCCCGGGGGGGCGGCCCGGAGCCCGGGUGAGAGCGGCACGGGUGCCACCGCCGCGGACGCCCGGGGACCCCGGCUCUUCUGCCUCGAGUACGAGGGGGACGACGGGAGCGUCACUGCCGUCAUCGUGCAUCAGGCGGACAGCGCGGAGGAGGUGACGCGGCGGGUGUGCGCCCGGAGCCCGCUGGAGCCCGCCCUGCGCCGGGCCCUGUGCCAGCGGGUGCAGGACGAGCUCAGCAAGCGCCGCGGGACCCGGUGACGGCGGGUGGCAGCGGGGACGUCGCCAGCCCGCAAGGGACAGUGCCAGCGGGGGCCAGUCGCUGGCUGACGCCAAUAAAGGUGCUGUGAGGCCCCA